AUGGACAAAGUGACAGGUGUCUACUUGCUUCUCCCGAAUUCAUGUAGCUAUUCAACUCCGCCACAAUCUACUUUAUCGGCCAUCUAUAAAAACCUCAUGAACGGGUUCGGGCUCCUCUGGUUGGCUGCUACACUAGGAGCCAGAUCUUCCUUCAAAAAGCUACCAAAACGUUCUGUUCUCACUGCAGACAUCACACAGUUAUGCGAUUUGAUAUCCGAACCCGCCGAACCUCUGGCGUUGAGGCUGUCGAGCAAUCUGAUGUUCGGCGUCGUGCGUGUCUAUAAGGUCAAACAAGAGAUAUUCUUCACCGAUGUUACGAACUGCGUGGCCUCUUUGAAGAAAGUGGUUCAGGACCUGCGCAGUUCCGGUGCUCUGGACGGCCAGCUUCAGAUGGCUAAUCCAUCUGCUAGGCCAUCCGCUCUUACCAUUGCGCACGAUCCGAAUGCUGCGCAUAUGAUAGACUACAGCGACGAGGCCUUUGUCGUGGACUGGGACGACUUUUUGAAUGCAGCAGGAGAUACAAUCCGCGGUAGCGACACAACCUGUGAAGAGGACGACAGAGAUUUCGACCCAACAAACAAAAAGAAGCGCGCAAAAGUUGCACAAAAAGACACUGAUAAGCCUGAGGCCGUGGGCAAGGAGGUGCAUACACUCGACGAACACCAUGAACACCUACUUUCAGCCUCAUUCGACCUGUCGUUCCAGGCCGGCUCAGGGAGGGGUCUUGGAGAAGGAGCCAUUCCAUCCUCGUCGCAAGCGGAUGUUGGUUUCGAUAAUUUCUUCCCUUUCUCCGACGGGCUGGAGGUUGGAGAUGGGCUUGGCGACGAUCUCGCCAGAGAGCUCGGAUGGGCGGUAUCCCCCGUCAAGAGCGUCCGUGGCAGCGGCGUGGACGCCGAUGCCAGGAAAUCGGAUUUCGCCUUUGACGAUGCAAACUACUUGCCGGACAAUGAUUUCAACUUCAAUGCUGAGGUUUUUCCAAUGAUAGUCGAUGAACCAGUACCAAUGACCCCAAGUCGUCGACAUGCAUCCAAAGCUCCGAAGACACCAAUGCGAAAAGAGAACAAUGUUCCAUCUUUGAGGAUGGCAUCUCAGGCUCCAGGAGCAAGCCCGGCGACAUCCUUCUCUCGUCUGCUGCUUAGUCAAGAUCUUGAGCAGGUGCAGCCUCUGAAGGACAUUACCGCAGAGAGAAACAGGGAAAACCAAGGCACACCUCGCCAGAAACUGAAGCGAACCCGGUUGCUCCUGGAUGCACGUACGGAAUUGACAGACGAAGAGCUGAAGGUCGCCAGAGCCAAAUAUCUGGAGUCGCAGUAUGCGUUAAGGCGUGAAGUUAUGCAAAAGCGCAGAGAGAAAGACAGCGGUAAACUCAUCGAGGAUCUCAUUUGGGGUGUGCCUAAAGGGAUCCAAGAGCAAGGGCUGAUCAACUUUUGGCAAGAGAAUUUUAAAGUGCAGGUAGAAGCCAGAUCUGGAGCCUUGAGAAUUCACCAGGAAAACGACGCCCCACUUCCCAAACGGAGAAGGAUCAACCAUGAACGAGAGGCCCAAGAAGAUCUUCCCGAAGUUUAUCCCGACGCUGCGAUGGACGUCACUCUGGACUGGGGAAUGGAUCACAACGCGGAUGUAGGGAUGCUGGUAGACGACACGGCUGGCUUUCGCCAUUCGUCCGAGGAACCAGGACAAGCUCGACGAGUAUCGCGCUCGGCAUCCAUCCUCGGGGCCAACAACCUUGGCUUCGAUUUAGGUCCUAAGGAUCCGGCAAACGGGUCUCAGCGCAGCUCUUUGUUCCCAUGGGACAACGCAGGAGGUCCAAGCUCGUCCACCGGAAAUGUUCCUUUUGGAGGGCCUGGUAGCGACCAUGUCAUCGAGCAGGUUGAUAUAAGACUCCGGAGCAACUCGCUGAGCCAUCAUGCUAGCCCCUUGGUUGACAGCCAAAGGGGGAGCCUGGCAGGCGCUGGAGUUACAUUCUCUCCCGCGCUGACAGGAAGGAACUCCCAGAUCUUCGGGGAGGAUUUCGCCUUCGAUGUCGAAAACAGGGUCGUUCCGGAGGAGACGCAGCAAGACACCCAGAAGUCCGACCUCAAUCUCAUCACGCUGGAGAGGAACUCAUAUAACUUUCUCGAAUACGCCAAAAUGCAGUAUCAUACCUUACCCAAACCAGAUGGCCGCCUGACCUUCGAAACGGUUGUCCCAAAGACCACAAGCACCCGUCAUGUCGCCGCCGCCGCCUUUUAUCACUGCCUAGUGCUCGGGACAAAGAACCUCCUCCGUUUGAAACAGAAGGUCCCUUACGAACCCGUCCUCAUCCAUAUCAUCUAA